CGUCUUCGUCCCUCGUCUUGCUCUGUGGAACGCUGGGCCUCGUCUGUUUUGCUUGCUUCCAAGCUGCUCUGUCGUGGCCUUGGGAUCUUUUUGCCAACGUGAAGCCGCGCGCAUGUCGUUGCGGAUCAGUUAUCUCGACUCAUACUACCUCUUCUCCGUAGAGCGUACUGUUCGCUAUCGCAAGUGGCGCUGAACAAUUGCCUUGGCCUCGUCGACUUUAUUCACUUGAUACGCAAUCGCCUGGCCGCACCCCUCGCAUCCUUCGCCCAGCAUGGCCUCUACAGCAUUGGAAUCCGGCAUUCCCGUCACCCCCCGUCGCGGCAGUGCCAUUGAAAUCCGUGACGAACAUGGCCGCCGCAAGACUGUGCAGCUCGACGAGCUGGGAGAAGCCGACAGGAUCUUGGCAGAGAGGUUUGGCUACAAGCCUGUUUUCAAACGCGAAUUCGGCUACCUCUCGACUUUCUCCUUCGCGGUCUCAAUCUCUGGUCUCUUCGCAACUACGGCAACGACCUACAUCUAUCCUCUUUACGCUGGCGGCCUCCCAUCCGUAGUAUGGUGCUGGCUCAUCUCCGGCGCAGGAUGUCUUUGCAUCGCCUUCUCGGUGGCCGAGCUCGUUUCGGCGUACCCAACCUGCGGUGGUCUAUACUACACUGUAUCGCGCAUGGCACCCGCGCAAUGGGUUCCCUCCAUAUCCUGGAUCGUCGGCUGGAUCAACCUGCUUGGCCAGGUUGCCGGAAUUGCGUCCACUGAGUACGGCUCCGCGCAGAUCCUCUUGGCCGCUGUGUCGAUGGGUUCCGACUUUUCCUACAGCCCGACCACAAAUCAAACUGUCGGAGUGAUGGCGGCUCUUACCGUUGUCUGCGGCCUAGUAAAUUCCUUGCCCACGUACUGGAUGGAGAAGAUGACAAAGACGUAUGUCAUCUUCCACGUCCUGGUCCUGGUCUCGUGCUCCAUUGCCUUGUUGGUCAAGACGGAACAUAAACAUGACGCCCACACCGUCUUCGUUGACGUGCCAAAGCCUGCUAUUUCUGGCUGGAGCCCCGUUGGAUUCUCGUUUUUGUUUGGCUUUUUGUCUGUUUCGUGGACAAUGACAGACUACGAUGCGACGGCUCACAUUACCGAGGAAAUCAACGAACCUGAGAUCAAAGCGCCAUGGGCCAUUUCCAUGGCCAUGGUCUUCACCUACGUCGUGGGCUGGCUGUUCAACAUCGUGCUGUCGUUCUGCGCCGGCAACGUGAACGACAUUAUCGCUUCGCCCAUGGCGCAGCCCGUCGCGCAAAUCUUCUACAACUCACUCGGCAAGGGCGGCGGAAUCUUCUACACCGUGUGCGCGCUCAUCAUUGCCCAGUUCGUGUGCUUCACUGCCACCCAGGCGCUGGCCCGUACGUUCUUCGCCUUCUCUCGUGACAGGCUCAUCCCAGGAUCCAAGAUCUGGACCAUCAUCAACAAGCGCACCGGCACGCCCCUGUACGCUGUCUGGAUCAGCGUCUUCUGGUGCAUCGCCAUCAACUUGAUCGCCCUGGGCUCGUACACCGCCAUCCUCGGCGUCUUCAACAUCUGCGCCAUCGCGCUCGACUGGUCGUACGUCAUCCCCAUCAUCUGCAAGAUCGUCUGGUCCCAGAACUUCGAGCCUGGCCCGUGGUACCUGGGCAAGUUCUCCAAGUGGGUCAACCUGUGGGCCUGCAUCUGGACCGCCUUCGUGUCCGUCAUCUUCUUCUUCCCAACGAACCUGCCCGUCGAGGCCAACACCAUGAAUUACGCCGUCGUCUUCAUGGCCGGCGUCCUCGUCGCCGCAUAUGCGUACUGGUGGCUCGGCGGCAAGAGGUGGUAUACUGGUCCGCUGGUCGAGGCCGAGGUCCUGGACCUCAAGAACUCGUCCGACAUUGUCACGGAGCAGAACCCCUUCCCGUCGGGCGAAUUGCCCGAGAAGAUGUGACGGAACCUUGGGGCUCAGGCAACGCGAAAGCCUCAGCUGUACAUUUUUCUCAAAUUUUCUCGUUCCCUCUUCCUUCCCAUUUUACCCCGGUCUUUCAAUGUGUGGUUUGUAGCUUGUGCUAUGGAAAAUAGAGGAGGUUCCCAGAAUCCCAAUACAAUUCCAGCCCCCCUCUUUGUCAAGAGAUUGGCCAAUGCGACGGAAGCUUACGAUACCCACAUGGGCUUUGACAAAGAAAAAAAAAAUGAAAGGACGCUCGCUGCGUGCAUCUUCUCAAGUGCCUGCCUUCGGUGUCUAUCUGCUAGUCCUGGCCAUGUCCAAGCCAUAUCUAUACAUACAUAUGAAUCACUGAAUGCCAAUUUGACAGAACUGAAUCAACUAGCGGUUGCGUAUCAAUCUGUCUGUUGCCUGCCUCUCAUUUCCUCUCCGAGUAUGGUGUUCCACGCCUUCUCUCUCCCUGAAAGUCACAAAAGAGAACCUUCCAGAAACAGGAUCGUCCGUCUUGCCCCGAGCCCCACCGCGAGCAGAGCAGGGGCGACGUGCAUGCCCGACUUCAGCAAACGUUUUGACCGUCGUUCCGAUGUGGCGGACUUUGGCAGCGUACACGAAUAGUGCAACGCGUCCUGGCGCCGAACCUUCAAACUCCUCGGUUCCGCUUUUCAGGCCGAAGCCUUCAUCUUCUCAAAAGGACAGAAGCAGACAGCAGAAGAAAAUGGAAGUAAAUUCUUUCUCGUUCGGGGUUAUUUGAUGCUAUUCCCGAGGAGACAUCAAUCGCUUCAUUUUCUACGUUGAACUUGCCUCUGGUGGGGGUACAAGUUGCCUGAUGUGGCAGAGUCUUUUGGUAUAAGCGGCGGUAUUACAUGAUUCAUUGCCUCGAUGUUAUUCUGGAUGCUAUUCAGCUGUAACCUCCGUCGCCGUGGUGCUCCUUUGUACGUUUGUUAGUGUCGCUAUCCAACGUGCUACGUGGGCGGGUAUCAGAUUCAGCUAGGAAAAGGGUUUCUGGAAUUCAUAUCUGGACCACAGCAAGGAGCAUCUUAAAACCAAAGCAUCUUUAAUGAAAUGCACAAUCACGGGCAGGUUUUGCGUAGCACCUUCCUUGGUGAAAGCUAUGUACCAUGCUUCUCCAGGACGUUUAUUCGAAAUUGUGACAAGUAUGUCUUAAGUCAUUGUUGCAGUUCUAGAGUGCUUCUGCAAGCGUUGAGAUAAUGGUGUUAUGUCGGGUCGAUGGGAAUCGAAAAAGUCCAGGCCGUCGAGUGCUACAUUCCUCCUUUCAAGCUCUCGGGAAUGGCUGUUGUUGUUAAGUAUAAAUCAACGAAAGCACAGAGAAGGCC